GUUAGGUUGCAAACACCGAACCGCAAAAAGCGCGGAUCAGGCCAAGACUUAUUUGUUUCCUCGUCACGAACGUUCAGCCCGAAGUUAAUUCAAAGCAACGAAAAGAAUCGGGUGUCGAAACGGAGAAAUGAUAACCCUGCAGAUAACAUUCUGCGCGACGGCGAACUGUCGCCCGGCGUGAAACGUGUAUAAACGGAGCUCCGUGGCUCGCAGGGAAACAACCUACACCCGCUCGAGCCAAGCGAGCAGUGCAGUCGCCUGCUGCGCGAGACAUUUCCACACUGUCUCCUGACGGAGAGUAGGAAGGACUGACCGAGGCGCGAGGACAUGGGUCAGUAGAGGAACAUUUGAUGUCUGGGUGAUACUCUUUAGGCUGCGACUUGCAACCCACUUCAAUAAAAUAACGUUUGAUAGUUCGGUUACUUUAGCGCAGCGCCAAGUGAGGGAGCAUUUAAACACAGACUCCACGCGACAGCGGCACUAACCUGCGCGUACUGCGAAUGCGAAUGUCCUGGAAGGGCAAAGGCUGGAAACAAACCCUGCUUAGUCCUCACGUGGCGACGGACUGCGGGACAUGUUUUAACUGAGCUUUCUCAUGCAAUUUCCCAGAGACUUGUGCAAGUGACUGCUUUAUUUUGUUAGCGUUGCACGCGGAGCCCCGAGCGUCGUAACCCACGAGAUACACGCCGUCUUGUCAUGUAUGAUCGCCGAAAAAGAUUUCAAAUGACUUAGCAUGUCGGGUUUUUAUAGUCGCUUCGCUCAUUUUUGUCUGGAUUUUUUGUGUCCUUUCAUUUCGACUGCUUCUUAGCUCGCACGGGAAGACACUCGGUUAUUAAUUUUUAAUCUUUAUGCAUCCGCACGAAAAAGAGAGCAAGAGAGGAGAGAAGGACGGGUAAUCGGGAAGACGAGGGAGCCAGAGAAACACGAGAGGCGAGGAAGAAUGAAUGAGAUUCACUGAAGAACGGAGAAAGGAGAUUGGAGGAAUCAGGUUCUUCCACGUUUGGAGGGUUUGAGGAGAGCGGAGGGACCCUCUAAAGUGUCUGCUUGUUACCCCUCCUCACCCCGCUCUGCCGCCGACAUGGCUCCGCCUCUCUGGGUCCUCUGCACCUGCGCUAUCGCCCUCAGCAACAUCGUCCCCUCUGCCCAAGCGCUGAGUCGCUCGGCCAUGCCCUUCGGCCUGAUGAGGAGGGAGCUGGCGUGCGAGGGCUACCCCAUUGAGCUCCGCUGCCCCGGGAGUGAUGUCAUCAUGAUCGAGACGGCCAACUACGGCCGCACCGAUGACAAAAUCUGUGACGCUGACCCCUUCCAGAUGGAGAACGUCCAGUGCUACAUGCCUGACGCCUUCAAGAUCAUGUCACUGAGGUGUAAUAAUCGGACCCAGUGCGUGGUGGUUGCUGGGUCAGACGUGUUUCCUGACCCAUGUCCCGGAACCUACAAGUACCUGGAGAUUCAGUAUGAGUGUGUGCCCUACAAAGUGGAUCAAAAAGUCUUCGUGUGUCCCGGGACCCUGCUGCGGGUCCAGCCGGCCAGCUCCCUGCAGGAGGCGGAGCACCAGUCGGGUGCGUGGUGUAAGGACCCGCUGCAGUCGGGCGACCGGCUGUACGUCAUGCCCUGGACGCCGUACCGCACGGACAUGCUGUACGAGUACGCCUCGUGGGACGACCUCAGACAGAACCGCGCCACAACCACCUACAAGUUGCCGAACCGCGUGGACGGCACGGGCUUCGUGGUGUAUGAUGGUGCCGUCUUCUACAACAAGGAGCGCACGCGCAACAUCGUGAAGUACGACCUGCGCACGCGCAUCAAGAGCGGUGAGGCCAUCGUCACCAACGCCAACUACCACGACACCUCGCCCUACCGCUGGGGCGGCAAGUCCGACAUCGACCUGGCCGUGGACGAGAAUGGCCUGUGGGUCAUCUACGCCACGGAGUCCAACAACGGACGACUGGUGGUCAGUCAGGUGAACCCGUACACGCUGCGUUUCGAGGGCACAUGGGAGACCGGCUUCGACAAGCGGCUGGCGUCCAACGCCUUCAUGGCGUGCGGCGUGUUGUACGCCGUGCGCUCCGUCUACCAAGACGACGACAGCGAGGCGGGAGGCGACCUCGUCCUCUACGCCUACAACACCAACCGUAACCAGGAGGAGCCGGUUCACAUCAGCUUCCCCAACCCCUAUCAGUAUAUCUCCUCCGUAGACUACAACCCGCGCGACAACCAGCUCUACGUGUGGAACAACUACAACGUCCUGCGCUACCCGCUGCAGUUCGGCCCGCCGGACCCCACCACUGGGCCGCUGGCCACCACGCAAAUGGCCAGCACCACCCCAGCGAGGUCAUCCAGCCCGGCCUCCAGCGCGUCCACCACCCGCCUGCUGCCACCCACCUCUCACCCCAUCGGGGCCAUUAACAAGGCCCCCGACUUGCGGCCCAUCACCGCCACGGUGCCCGUGAUGCACCGGCCGCUGCGCCCACCCCAGGGCCCUGAGACGCAGGCAUGCGAGGCCAACGUGGCGCGGGGCGUGCAGUGGCCCUCCACCCAGAGGGGCGAGACGGUGGACCGGCCCUGCCCUAAAGGCUCCCUGGGCAUCGCGUCUUUCCACUGCUUGUGGUCCCCUGUCCAGUGGAACCCCCGGGGCCCUGAUCUCAGUAACUGCACCUCUCCGUGGGUCAACCAGGUGUCCCAGAAGAUUAAAAGUGGGGAGAAUGCGGCAAACAUUGCAGGGGAGCUGAAGAACCACACGAGGGGGCGUGUCCAUGCCGGUGAUGUCAGUUCCUCCGUGCGCCUUAUUGAGCAGCUGCUGGACAUCCUGGACGCACAGCUACAAGCCCUCAGGCCAGGAAACAAGGAGUCAGCGGCUAGGAACUAUAACAAGUUGCAGAAGAGAGAGCGGACCUGCCGUGCGUACAUUCAGGCGGUGGUCCAGACGGUAGAUAAUCUGCUGCGUAGCGAGGCUCUGGAGUCAUGGCGGGACAUGAAUGUGACAGAGCAGGCUCACACCGCCACGCUGCUGCUGGACGUCAUGGAGAAAGGCGCCUUCCUGCUGGCCAACAAUAUGUACGGGAACAGCUUCACGGACCACGCUGCCAACAUCGAUCUGGAGGUGUACAUCAUGAACACUGAGGUGGAGCUGAAAGAUCUGGCCUUUCCCCAGAACAGCCCCAGUGAUGGGAGCAUCCAGCUGUCUGCCUCGACUGUCAAACAGUACAGCCGCAACGGUCAGGUGAAGGUGGUCUUCAUGCUCUAUAAGAAUCUGGGUUCUUUCCUCUCCACUGAAAACGCCACCAUAAAGAUGGAGGUGGGGCCAGGCCCAGGGGGGCGGAGCUUAGCUGUCAACUCGCAUGUCAUCGCGGCGUCGAUAAACAAAGAGUCCAGCCGCGUGUUUCUAACCGUGCCUGUUGUCUUUACCCUGAAACACCUACAGCUGGAGAACCACUUCAGUCCGAACUGUUCCUUCUGGAACUACUCGGAGCAGUCCAUGAUGGGUCACUGGUCAUCUCAGGGCUGCAGGCUGCUGGACACCAACAGCACACACACCACCUGCUCCUGCUCACACCUUACCAACUUCGCUGUGCUGAUGGUGCAGCAUGAACCUGAUUAUCCAGGGAGGAUGCAUGAGUUGAUUCUCUUUGUCAUCACCUGGGUGGGCAUCAUAAUCUCCCUCGUGUGUCUGGCCAUUUGCAUCUCCACCUUCUGCUUCCUGCGCGGCCUGCAGACUGACCGCAACACCAUCCACAAGAACCUCUGCAUCAACCUCUUCAUCGCUGAGCUCCUCUUCCUCAUUGGCAUUGACAAGACCCAGUACCAGAUUGCCUGCCCCAUCUUCGCGGGCUUGCUCCACUUCUUUUUUCUGGCUGCGUUCUCCUGGCUGUGUCUAGAGGGUGUGCAGCUCUACUUCAUGCUGGUGGAGGUCUUCGAGAGCGAGUACUCACGCAGGAAGUACUACUACUUGUGUGGCUACUGCUUCCCCGCCUUGGUGGUGGGCAUCUCCGCUGCCAUCGACUACCGCAGCUACGGCACCAAGAAGGCGUGCUGGUUGCGGGUGGAUAACUACUUCGUCUGGAGCUUCAUUGGUCCUGUGUCCUUCAUCAUUAUGCUGAAUCUUGUGUUCCUGGUGAUCACCCUGCACAAGAUGGUCCGCAACUCCUCCGCCCUCAAACCCGACUCCAGCCGCCUGGACAGCAUCAAUUGCUGGUUGUGUUGCAGGUCCUGGGCGCUGGGGGCCAUCGCCCUGCUCUUCCUCCUAGGCCUGACAUGGGCCUUCGGCCUCCUCUUCAUCAACGAGAACACGGUCAUCAUGGCUUACCUCUUCACCACCUUCAAUGCCUUCCAGGGCAUGUUCAUCUUCAUGUUUCACUGUGCCCUGCAGAAGAAGGUCCAUAAGGAGUACAGUAAGUGUCUGCGUCAUUCGUAUUGCUGUGGUCGCUCCUCCACCUCCAGCUCCCACGGCUCUCUGAAGAACUCCGCCCUACGCACCAACAACCGCUACUACACGGGCAGUCAGGCCCGCCAUGCUGCCACACACAGACAGAGCCGUAUCCGGCGCAUGUGGAACGACACAGUGAGGAAGCAGACCGAGUCCUCCUUCAUGUCAGGAGACAUCAACAGCACACCCACCCUCAAUCGAGCCACCAUGGGGAAUCACCUCCUGACGAACCCGGUGUUGCAGACUCGUACAGGUCCCUCUCCCUACAACACACUGUUAGCUGAAACCUUCACUCCACCUUCACCCGGAGUCUUCAACUCCACCGGAACCUUCCGUGACCCAAAGAGCACUCUGUCCAGGAACCGGGACCACGGAGGCAUGGAGACUCUGCCCCUGAACGGAAACUUCAACAACAGUUACUCCCUGCGCGGCGGCGUGGGCGGAGCCGGUGGCCAAGGAGGCAGCUGCGACUUCCUGGGGGGCGGGGCCGGCGACAACCCGCCUCCGCCGAUGAACCCGCGAGGGGCGGAGACGCUGGGCGGCCUCCGUCGCAACCUGUCGGACGCCGCUUCCUUCGAGAAGAUGAUCAUCUCCGAGCUGGUGCACAACAACCUGCGGGGGGGCGUGGCGGGGGGCGGGGACAGAACCUGCGGCAGCCUGGCCCGGGGGCAAGGACACGGAGGGCGGGGCGUGGGCGGGGCGGAGCUGGCGGCGGGCGGGGCGGAGGAGGAGGACUACGCCCAGCGGGAGGGGCACCAGCAGCGCACGCCGCAGGACGUGGAACUGCUGUACAAGGCGCUGGAGGAGCCACUCCUGCUGCAGAGGGCCCAGUCCGUGCUGUACCAGAGCGACCCUGACGAGAGUGAGAGCUACACCGCCGACCUGACCGAGAGCCCGGGCCAGUGCGCGGUGGGGCCCGUGCCCGACUCGCCCACGCACGACUCCCUGUACACCAGCAUCACCAACCUGCGGGACUCCCCUUACCCGGACAGCAGCCCCGAGCCGCUGGAGGUGGUGCCGCGCUCCGCCCGGCCGCCUGAGGAGCUCUACUACAGCUCGGGCAGGCCGGCCCUGGGCUCCCGCGGGGCCCCCAUGCAGACCUUCUACCAGGUCCCCGCCCGGAGGCCCAGCGGGGAGGUGCAGCCCGCCCCCGAGCCCGCCCACGGCGAGGGGGACGGACAGAUGCAGCUGGUCACCAGCCUGUGACGGGGAGGAGGGGGAUUGCAGCGAGGGCUCGAUCCCUCGACCCCGUGGCUCGACCGGCCCUUCCACCCCUCGGUUUCUUUCCUCCGUCUUUGUUUGAUUUGAAAAGAGAGGUCAGGAAAGCAUAAACAAGAGAGCGGUCACGCCGUCUCCAUGACAGCGGGCUGGAUGUAGGUCUGCAGUGAACCCCCCUUCUUCUCUGCUCAACACCGUAGACACACACACACACACACACACACACACACACACACACACGUCAAGUCUGCCUACCUGCACAUUUUUGCUUCCAUUCAGUCCCUGCUCUCCAGUCUCCCUGAGUUUAUCGUUGAAUUCUCUUUAUUUUUAUUUCCUUUCAAUCCUACAAGGUUUUUAGCUUCUUCUUAAACUCCCUCCUCUCCCUUUUCUUGUUUUUGAUGAGAGCUGUUACGUGAGGAGAGGAGGUUGUCAUUCCGCUACCGUGUGAACAGAACUUCUCUUUCUCUCUCGCUGUCUCUUUCUCUCACGCUCUUUCUUUGAAAGCUCUUCAGUGUUGCCAAAAAAUACCCUUUUUUGAGCCAGAGCACAAACUGGAGAAAACACACACACACACAAACACGCACACACACACACACACACAGUGCUUGUUACUGAACUCUGUACACAUGUACUUAUGGGAAAGCAGAACCAUUCCUCAGAAGCAGCUAGCAGGAAGCUGCCUCCCCAGAGUUGUCUUCAUCCCCACCUCCUUCUCCUCCUCCUCCUCUUCCUCGCCUUUCCCAAAGGGACGGUCAUGUACAGAAUUCCCUCGGAGACGCAGCGGGGAGAACACUGCUCUGCGGGGGGGUGACCAGUGCUCUCCAGCUACCCGACCUCGCACACGGCUGGACUCUCGACUGGGACAGCCUGCAGUCGCGCGGUUGACACUUUUUGUAGCGUUACGUUCGCUUCAGACUACUGAGAGCUGAGGUGGGUGGAGAAAACUCUGGCCCCGCCCUCCUGAGUGCUCCCAGAAGGGUUGGCCCUUUGGUAGUAGGGCUCAGAGAGUUCCAGAUCUUGUUUGAUUGGUUUGUUUUGAUUUGUUUUGUUGUUUUUUGAUUUGUUUUGUUUUUGCACAAGCACCCUGGGUGCUGUUCAGAUCUAAACCCUGUACAUACGAACCACGCAAACACAAAAGGCAAAUCCAGUCCUGUAAAUAGAAACCAGAUGAAUAAAGCAACAAAAAAGCAUCAACUACUAUGGGAGAACCCGAGUUCCUGUACUGUAACAAAAAAAAAACAAAAGAGUGACAGAACCGAAUGAAAUAAACAUGUUCCUGAGUUUGUGA